UGCGCCGUUUGGAACGCGAGCGCCGCAUUGUGAAAAGUGAAAAUGGAUUUUCCGCCUUGCGCUGUCAAUGCGCUUGGGCCGCCCAAGCAUGUGUCGUCUGCUGUCCACGAAUAACAAGUGUCAAGUGUAACAAGUGCCACCUCAAAAUUUUCCUAACCCAGCAGCCCUGUAAACGUGUGCCAAGCGGAAAUGGAAAAACUUAAUUUUUUCAAAUAAUAAUUCUCACGACAAAUAUUAAUUCAAGUCAAAUUCAAUUGGCCGGACGUUUAUACGUGUGUGGUUUUUUGUGUAAUUGUGUAAAUAAUCUACAUAUAUAAAUAAUCACUGUAAGCGUGGCUGAAGUUGAAAGCAUUUAUAAAACACAUAAAAAUACGAAAUAAUUGCAACAAAACAACGAUUUGUUUAUAAAACGAAAAACACACAACGAAAGAUCAGCCAAAACGAGCAAAAGCAAAUGGAUAUUGAACAAGAGAAAUAAUAUAAAAAUAAUAAUCAAAAGAGACACUAUUAAGAGAGACAAAAAUAUGUUCAAUUUGCUGCGAAGAUCGCGUCGUGGAAAAACGCACAAGGCGAAAGUCUACGACACAAGUGACGAGGAGGACAGACCCUCGAGAUGGGGCAGUAGUAAUGCCGCAGGGACGACGACGAGUGCUCUUAGCCAACAAGAGAAGCCGGAAAGAGCAGCACGUCGGGCGGUGAUCGAAGAGCUGGAGGACUUUGCCAGCGAUAAUGACAACGAUGGCGAUAAUGAAGCUGGCAGCGGCGACGAAGAGCGUUUAAAAUUAGCAAAAACAGCUGCUAAUGGCCGCUCCGACAAUCUUUCGUAUAUAAAUAAAACGGACGGAGAUGCGAGGACGACGACGGAUGGUCGAAAUGCGGCAGCUCCCAGCAGUCAAAACGAGGCAGCCAGCGCGAUCGCGAGCCGAAACGUUGGUGGUCGAGAUCGGGCAUUAAUUGGCAUUAGCGAGCCACAAAUCGAUGGUCCCAGUGCCCCCGGAAUCGUCCAUCGCCAGCGUACCGAAAACGAUUCCCAAAAGCGACAAUCGCUGCUUUCCCUGGGCGGAUUCCGACUUUCCUCGAGCGGGGAUAGCACGCCCAAGAGCCCGGAAACAGAGCCGAAAAAGCGCAGGACUCUGCAGAAGAGUCGCGAGUUCCUUAGCGACAUUUUCAUGGCGCGUGGUCGAAACCACCAGCGUCAAAAGCAGCAGCAGCAGCAGUCCCAGCAGCAACAACAUCAGCAAAUCGUAGCCACUGGCAAGACAAAUAAAUCGAAUAAAAGUAAUGCCAAAGACGUAAUCGCUAGCGCGGCACACCUUGAAACGAACUCCGACCCCGCGCUCGCAUCCCCGAAUACUUAUCAAAUGACUUUGGCUAAUAAUAGUUGCCCAGAGAACGACGUCUGCGACGAUCAGCGAAGAGCAAAGAGUCCGAGCCAAGAGCACAGUAACCCAGCUGGAGCUAGCGAAGAGCACAGCCAUUUUCCGGCAGAGAGCCAGCAUUUUCCGGCCGAGAGUGAGUGGGAAAAGCCAAGAGCAAUGCGUUCAUUCGGCACCGAGCAGCAGCUCAUUCAAGCGGCAAGCGUUGAGCGGGAAACACAGCAGCAGCAGCCGGAGGAGCAACAGUUGCCGACAGCCGGCAAUGCAAGUGCCCCGCAGCAACAUCUGGCCAAGCAGCAGCAGCAACAUCAAGCGCCGCAGCAAAAGCAGGAGCAACAGCAGCAGCAACAGGAGCAACAGCAUCAGCAAUUAAGUGACAUAAUCAUGGGCCAGACCAGCGCCAAACCGAACGAAAUCGGUUCGGCGCAUAGUUCGCGUGCCAGCACGCCGCGUGAGUUCCGUGAGUCGGUUGUGAGUCCGCAGCCACCGCAGGCACCGCCGCGUCAUCAGAAAUCACCGGAAGUGCCCAAAAUCACGGUCGAGGAUUGCAGUUUUCAUUCAUCGUCGGAGGAGGAGGAGGCCGAAAAGCACGAGACCUUUUACGAACUUAAUAAUCACGCAGAAGAUUCGCUAAACAUCGAGGAACUCAACGAGGCGCACAUAGAAACCCUGGAAGAUGAGGUCUUUGCCUCCGAUAUACCAGCAACCAUAUAUCAAAAUACGAAUAACCGCCCCUGGACACGAUUGAGUCAUGUCAAGCUGGAGAAUGUCCAAGAGGAAGCAGAGGAGGAGGACCAUGAUGAAGACGACGACGAGGUAGAUGAGGCCGUGGACUUGGAGUACGAGCCACAUGCUGGGCAUCAGCAGGCCAAUGGCACCUCUCGCCAGUCGGCCAGCAGCGAAAGGAGCGCCCUGAAAAGUGACUCCAAUCUGAGCAGCAGCUAUGCCGACUCGGGGAUUGGGGAUCAGGAGUUGCCACCGCAGCAACAGUCGCCGCCACAGCCACCGCCACGCAGCUCCUCCCAUCACCUGAACCACCACCACCUGAACUUCAUCCGGGACGGCAACUCCACCGACUGCGAGGAGACCUUUCUGCAGUGCGACGAACUCGACGACAGCGAGUUCAGCGAGCGAUUGGUAUGCAUCGAGAGCAUCAGUCUGCCGGAUGUGGUUGUGGAGUCAACGACCGCCAGCACGACCACAUCAGCAUCCGCAGCAACAGCAGCGGCAGGCGUAGCAGCAGCAGCAGGCGGUGCAGCAGCGACCACAAAUGGCGGCGAUUCGCAGAUCAACAUCAAUAUCGCCAAUGGAGCGGGGGGCAACAGCCUGGGCAAUGUGCACUUUAUUCCCAUCCACGUCGAGGGUCGCAGUCGCAGUCGAAGCGGCAGUCCCAAGCAGCGUAGCUGGGACGACAGUUGUAUCGGCCAGGAUAUGCCGCCCAGCAUUGAGAUCAUCGAGGACGGGAGUGUCCUGAAUAAGCCAGUGCGGCAGGAGAGUCCGUUUGACAAUCAGGAACUCAGAAAGGAGCUGAAGCAGCAGAAAGCCCGAUUUAGCAGCCAAUUGGACGAUGCCCACAAGAAUGUCCACCAACUAGAGGCCAAGGUGGGAGACAUGCAGCUGAAGAUUCAGACAUUAGAACAGGAGCUGUCCUUGAAGCAAUGGAAUGUGGAAAGACUGCAAGGUGAGCUGGGUGCCGCCCACAAGGACGAUGAAUAUGUGCGAAAAAAGCUGCACCUCCUCGAGGAUGAAAAGGUUCAUUUAAGGCACAAAUACAGCGAAGAUCAAGAUGAAUUCCAGCGUAAAUAUGACGAACUUGAAGCCAAAUACCACGAACUAACCGAGAAGUACAAACAGAACCAGAGCUUGGCCGGCAGCUUGCAAACCCAACUGGCCAGUGCCCAGGUCGAUGCUGAGCAAUGGCGCCAACAGGUGGAGAAAAUUCGAGCGGAGCUGGAGGAGCAAAUACGCAUUCUGAAAAGCGCCCUGGACAACUCCGAGGCAGAGCGCAAGAUCUGCGAGGAUAAGUGGCAGAAGGAGUUUGAAAUGCUCAGGACACACAACCGAGAGCAAGAGGAAACCCUGAUGACCGACUGCGAGUGGCAGCUGCGGCAGAUGCAACGCCAGUGCAAGGACAAGGUGGACAAGUCCAACUAUGAGCGAAAACAGGCAGCCGCCAAGGCGGAGGAACUGGAGCAAGAGCUGCAGUCGCGUCGCAAGGAGGCGGACCAUUUGCGCACCUGCCAGGCGCAGGUAAACUCUUUAAGGGGCGUGGUCAGCGAGCAAGAGCAGUCCAUCCAGACGCUAAUGGACCGCAUCGAGAACCUAAAGGCCGAUCUGCAGUCGGCCAAUGAUAAUCUCGAGGCUCAGAUCGAGGCUGUGCACAAGAUCAAAUAUCAGUGUGAUAAUGCCAUCUAUGACAAGGAGCGUCAGACGAUCUACAAAAUCGACGAGGUACGCAACGAAGCUGCCGCCUUCUGGGAGAACAAACUCUACACAGAGAUGACAAGACUGACAAAUGAACUGGAGUCCGUGUAUGUGGACGAGCGCCGGGAGGCCUUGGACAAGCUGCAGAACGAGCAUAUUGAAGAGCUGCGGGCACUGACCAAUCGAUACACCGCCAACGAGGAGGAACUGCGAGCCGAGAUCGAGGAUCUCCACGAGAGCCUCGAGCUGAAGAAGCAGGAUUUCCUCAGCCUGCGCGAACGUUCCGAUAAUGCCCUGCUCCAGACCCGCAUGCAUUUGGAUCGGGCGGAUCGGGAGUACCAGAAUGCCAUGUGCCGUGAGGAGGAUCGACGCGUGGAAAUGGAGCAGAGGCUGAAACAGGAGUUUGAGACGGAGAAGGCCGAGAUGGAGGAAAAGUUCCGCGAGCGUCUGGGUCAGGUGAAGGAAGAAUUUGCCAAAGAGCUGCAGUUAUCCACGCAGGAUAUGGUCGAUACGCAUCGCAAAGAGCUGGACUCUCAAAAGGCCAAGCUGCAGACGGAGAGGGAUGAGGCGAUGCAGGAACUUGUGGAGCGACAUCGCGCCAAAAUGGCUGCUGCCGAUGAACGAUUCAACAUGAUGGAUCGGCAUUUAGGGCGAUCGACAUACCAUCCAGCCUGGUUUUGGGCACUGGCCAAGGGGGCCUGGCCGUAUAUACCAACCGUAUAUGUUCUAUAUCUGACCAUGUCGCCGCUGAUUGCCCUCGCAUGCUUAGUGUUCAAUAUUGUUGCUGUAUUCUAUAUCAAAUACCGUCAUCUCCUAAUCGAUGUAGAACUUCGGCACCAGCGCAAUCUCAAGGACCUGAAGGCGGCCUACGAUGCCGAGAAGGCGGCGCUGGACAAGCGCGACAUCAGCAAUGCCAACGAAAUCGAGCAGCUGCACCGCAAGUGCCGCUGCCUGACCAACCUAUUCGAGGAGAUGCGCAUGAGAUACGAGCGCCGGGAUCCCCGAGCCGAGGACCUCCGUGAGAUCUCUGAGCUCAGAACCCGCUGCGAGAGUCAGGAGCGGGAUCUUUAUGUGCUCACCGAUCGCCUGCGGGAAAUGCAAAUCCAGAUGUCCGAGUUGCAGCAAAAUGGCGACCGGAAGGGAGGUGGGAAAUCGGUGAAGAAACCACCGCCCAAAUCAAUUGCCACCAGCUGUGACGUCAUCUACGAGGAAAACGAAGAGCGUGAAUCGCCCGAGCAGGAAAAUGGUGAAAAUUCAAGCUCCAACAACGAUGAUGACGAUGAGGAGGAGGAUGCCGAACAUGAACCGAGCGACACAGAGUCGAAUCACACGAUCGAGGUCAAUGGCAAAUCGGAUCGCAUUAAUGAGGACGACGCCCACUUGAUCACCGCCGUGUGAUUCCCCCAUGUCAUCACUAGCUUCUUCCGAAUUUGUGGCUGUAUUUUUCGAGGUUCCCCCGGUGUCGUGGACUAUCCCAGGAUCAAGGAUGCGGAUGGAUGAUCCCAGGCGCCUUGGUGCCUUCUGUGCUGCCCUCUGUGUCGCCGGAUACGGAAAUCGACCCACUCUCAACCAAACGCUCAAAGCUUGAACUCAUAAAAAUUGUAAAAAUUAAUUUUUGAAUUGGUUUCUGAAA